AUGAAUUACAUGGCUUAUGAUUAUGAUCCCCAACAUUCGUUGGAAACAUCCUUCAACAAUUUGGCGUUUCAUCCACAUCAACAAUCGCAGCAACAAGCUUUAUACGAAGCCAGCGAGAAUGAUGGUAGAUCAGGGUUGAUGAACCCUUUAGUGCAGGCGAAUAAAUUGAAUAAUUCCAUGAUUCCUCAAGGUUCAUCGGCUAGUCCAUUAACAGGUCAACAUAGCUUGAAUGGUACGGCAAACUUCAAUAUGCCUGCAUCAAUGAAUACCUAUAAUUACCAGAAUAUACCACAAGGACCUAUCAGAAAUACUCUCAGUCAUAAUAAUAUUAUGAAUGGGGCAACUGCUAAUGACUAUUGGCUGGAUCCAAUGAGUAAUAUGACAAAUACCAAGGAUACUAAUGGAAAUCCUAAUGACUCAAUGUCCUCGAUGUCCAAUAUGACUGCUAAGACCUCAAUCAACAGCACAGCAUUUAAGAAUUCAUUUGCUCCUUUCAAUCACGUGACGCCGCUUUCAAUCAAUAACGUUAACAGCAAUCAGACAAAUUCGAAUAAAGAUGACAGAAUGGAAACAAUGGAGGUGAAAUUGCAAAUCAAAGAGACCCAAAUCGAAUCACUCGAGAAUGAAAUUCAAAAGCUAAAAAAAAUUUUCAACGAGGGUUUAAACUACAAGCAAAAUGAAUAUAAGUACGAAAGGGAAAACUCCCAUAUACCCCAGACUUUUGUUUUGCCAGCUUCAUUAGAAGUGAUAUUUAGAAAGUUAUCUUCUUCACUGCGUGCGAAGGAGAAAGAGUUAGCAGAGGUGAAAGAAAAUUUGGAAAGUAUAUUGACUGCACUGGCGUUGAACCCAACAAAUUCAGUGACCAAGUAUGGGAGAUACGACGCCGAGUCGAUUGCUCAUAAGAUGGUGGUCAGGCUAGAAAAUUUGACCAACGAAAAUAGAGAAAUGGCCAAGAUGUUAGCUUAUGGCAGAUCAAAGGAAACUCAGAUCGAACUGCAGCUAGCUAAAAAGGAAAAUCUAGAGUUGAGAGAAAAGAUAGCAUCUUUAGAGGCUCAACUGGCUUUGAAGAAAACUUCAAACGAAAACACUGCUAAUUGA